AUGUGGUACACCUGUCAAUCCGUGGCUGGACGCUCACAGGAGUGUAUUCGCACAGCUGAUGCUGGACGCAUGGUCAGAGGCUCGGAAAACAGCGCCCCUGCCAGUCCGCUCGUCCAUAGCGACCACGCCCUGCAGGAGUGCAGCCCGCCAA